UUCAGACAAAAGACAUGAAAGAGUUGCUCGAGUUUCAUAGCAAAGUGGAAUCUGUUCUUGAGAAACUAACCGAUGAAACACAAGUUCUUGCGAGGUUUGAAGGUUUCCCUGAGAAGAAACUAGAAGCCAUAAGAACAGCUGGUGCUGUGUAUAAGAAGUUAGAUGGGAUUCUAGUUGAGCUCAAGAACUGGAAGAUUGAGCCGCCACUUAACGAUCUUCUCGACAAGAUUGAGCGUUACUUCAACAAAUUUAAAGGAGAAAUCGAAACGGUGGAACGAACAAAAGAUGAAGAAGCUAAAAUGUUCCAGAGACACAACAUUAAUAUCGAUUUCGAAGUUCUUGUCCAAGUCAAAGAAACAAUGGUUGAUGUUUCAUCAAACUGCAUGGAGUUAGCAUUAAAGGAGAGGCGAGAAGCGAAUGAAAAUGCGAAGAACAGUGAAGAAAGCAAGAUGAAUAAUGUGAAGGAAGAGAGAGCUAAAAGGCUAUGGAGGGCUUUUCAGUUUGCUUUCAAGGUUUAUACAUUUGCAGGAGGACAUGAUGAACGAGCAGAUCAUUUAACACGACAACUUGCACAUGAGAUUCAGACAGAUCCUGAUCAAGCCGAUUCAUCCAACAUGUCCUGA